AUGACAAAUAAUCAACCAAUAAUAAUACAUGACAGUAACAGGGCUAGAGACUUUUCAGAUAUAGUACAAGGAGAAGAUUUAGAGUUUAGAAAUUCAAAUAAUGAAACUUUCCCCAUUAAUCAUAAAAUUGACCAUUUAGGUCGAAUAAAUCCGCCACCUAUAUUAUCCCACCUAUCUACAAAUCAAUUAAUAACAAUAGCAGGAGCAGCAUCUGGAUUUUUAGCAGGUGUUGUAGUGUGUCCCUUAGAUGUAGUGAAAACAAAAUUACAAGCCCAGGGGUUAAAAAAUGGUAAGUAUCGUGGAUUAGUACAUACUUUCACUAUGAUUUUAAAAGAAGAAGGUAUACGAGGAUUAUAUCGUGGUUUAAUACCAAUCACAAUUGGUUAUUUACCUACUUGGACAAUUUAUUUCACGGUUUAUGAAAGAUCAAAACGAUUUUAUCCAAACUUUCUAAAAUCAGAAUUUAAUAUAAUUAAUCCGUCAGUUAUACAUUUUUUUUCUGCAUUGACUGCUGGUAUGGCGAGUUCAAUUGCAGUUAAUCCUAUCUGGGUAGUUAAAACUAGAUUAAUGGUGCAGAAUAAGCAACAAAAACAUAAAUAUAGUGGAACAAUAGAUGCAUUUAAAAAAAUGUAUAAACAUGAAGGUAUUAAAGUGUUUUAUAGUGGGUUAGUACCUUCAUUAUUUGGUUUGUUACAUGUUGGUAUACAUUUCCCAGCUUAUGAAAAACUAAAGAAAUUAUUUCAUUGUAACAAUCAAAAUCAAAAUAAACAAGGAUUAUUAUGGAGAUUAAUUGGAGCUUCUUCAAUUUCUAAAAUGAUAGCAAGUACAAUCACUUAUCCUCAUGAGAUUCUAAGAACUAGAAUGCAAAUAAGAAAUGAGAAUAAUGUUAAAAAAUUAUCAUUUAUAAAUACAAUUAAAAAUGUGUAUUUUCAUGAUGGUCUCAAGGGGUUUUACGCUGGUUAUUUAACAAAUUUGGCAAGAACAGUACCUGCGAGUGCUGUCACAUUGGUUAGUUUUGAAUAUUUUAAGACAUAUCUAUUAGAAAUCAGUGGUAAGAUUAAAAGAAACUAG